AUGAAUACGAUCCGUCAGAUUCAGGCCCUCAACAAGCGCGAGCUUGAAAAUGCCAUACCCCCAGAAGCAUCAUGGCACGCCGAUUACCGAGAUACGGCCUACAUCUUCAUCGGUGGUCUCCCCUUCGAUCUGUCCGAAGGCGACAUCGUGACCAUCUUUUCGCAAUACGGCGAACCCGUACACGUGAACCUAGCGCGCGACAAGGAAACCGGCAAGAGUCGAGGAUUUGCGUGGCUGAAAUACGAAGAUCAGCGCAGUACAGACCUGGCCGUGGACAAUAUGGGCGGUGCGACGGUCAUGGGUCGCAUGCUGCGUGUCGACCAUGCCAGAUACAAGCGGCGAGAUGACGAGGAGGAAGGCGACAAUGUCGCCAAAUUAAUGGGUGAUGCGGAGACGACGAAUGACCGGGGAAAUGAUUCGGACCAUGAGCGACGAAGACGCCGGAAGAGACGGGGCAGUGAGGAAGACGACGAGCCUCGACGACGACCUUUGCUCAAGGAGGAGAAGGAAUUGGAGGAGUUGAUCAGAACCCACGACGAAGAGGAUCCCAUGAAAGAAUACUUGAUCGAAGAAAAGAAAGAAGAGGUUGCACGAGCGUUGGAGAGGGAAAGUAAAUCGUCGCGGAAACGAGACUCCAGCCGCGACAGAUCACGUCGCCAUCAUCGUCACCACCGUCACCAUCGCCGCCGGCAUGACGACGAUCGCUCGCGUUCUCGAGAGAAGAGCCGGCGGGACUACAGGUCGCCGUCAAGGGAGGAGCGGUCGCAUAGGACCCGGUCGCCAUCCCGCAGAGAGAGAUCCUACAGAGACAGAACGCCAGUGGGAUCCCGGUCACCGGAACCACGGAGGACUCGAGAUAGGCAUGAUCGGCAUCGAUAA